AUUGACCUCUAACAAAAUCAAUCAAAAAUAUCUGCAAUGAAACUUUCUAAUUCUAGGGGAUAAGAAAGAAAAAAAAGCCAUAUAAAAGAAAAGAGAAAAAAAUUAACAAGAAUGUCAACCAGAAAAGUAGACAUCAACACUUAAUAAAAAAGCUAACUGCUGAAACAUUGAAAGCACUUGAAAUAUCAUCAAGAA